AUGCAGCUCUACAACAUCAUAAAAGUCAUCGCCGUCACGACUUGGGGCGCCCAGGUCCUAGCACUGCCAGCAGGCCACGCCAAUGUCAACGAAUACAACGGGCUCAACGCGCCCAGAUCUAGCGGUGUGAAGGCCCGGAACCAAGAGUUCACCGAAAGCGGCCGGGCGAAAGACCCCUCCAUCAAGACCGAGGGCUACAAAGCGGCGAAUAAACUUGGGCAGACUGGGUGGUUUACCAAGCCAAACGCACAGUCCAUCACCGUCCCGAAGUCCAAGUCUAGGGCCAGGAAGGGCAUGACCGCGGGCCCACAAGCAGCCAAUGACGACGGGCCGAUGGGUGUGUUGUAUGCCGCGCCAAAGGAAGAUUACAUGCAGCGCCAAUAG